AUUGUAUCCCGUAAAUUCGUUUCAAAUCGAGGAUUUUUUAAUCAAGCCAAGGCUAAGAAAGCAAGAUGGCGGCUCGCAAGAUGUCAGGACUUUCUAAGACAGUUCGUGAAUUGCGCAUCCACCUUUGCCAAAGAUCACCAAGCAGCCAAGGAGUGAGGGAUUUUGUAGAACAGCAUUACAUUGGUAUAAAAAAUGCAAAUCCAGACUUACCAGUUUUGAUCAGAGAGUGUAGUGGAAUUCAACCAAAGUUAUUUGCACGAUUUGAUUUUGGCAAAGAGAGUAGUGUAUAUUUAACAGAUAAAUCAAGCAGUGAAGUUUUACAAGCUGUAGAACAAAUUUCAAAGGAGCAAAAGUGAUUAAUGUGAGCAUGUUGCUGUGUUUAGAGUGAAAGUUACAAAUCACAAAUGAUAUAAAGCUUCAUUUUCUUUGCCCAGAACAAUACUUUUGAUGCAAGUUAUAUGUUGCAUGCUUGUAUCUUUCUCCAUAAUUAAUGACUUUGUAAAUGAUGAGAAAUUGUUGACUGAAUUUUAUUAAACAUCUGUGAUGAC